GUCAACUUGAGGUAUAAACAUACCGGUAAGGACCUCAUCUGUGAGCUUGUGAAGACCGAAGCACACAAGCGAGGAUGGGUCGCGCCCUUCUCUCUCACUUUCUCGUCCUCUCACAAUCGUCUACUCGCUUUACACCUUCUCCAUCAUUGUCUGCAUUUGGAACCAAAUACACUAAGCCUCAUUCGCUCUUUCCACUUAAUCGGUCUUCAACUGGAAAUAGUUCCCGAUGUUGUUGCGGUAUCUCCCUCACCGAACCUGCUGCUGCGCCAGAGCGUCCUCCCAGUUCCAUCAAACAGCGGAUAGUCUCUGGUGUUCAGCCAACCGGUUCUAUUCACCUUGGUAACUAUCUAGGUGCAAUAAAGAAUUGGAUUUCGCUUCAGGAUACAUAUGAUACUCUCUUCUUCAUUGUGGAUCUCCAUGCGAUCACGUUACCUUAUGAUACUCAGCAAUUACAUAAAGCAACAAGAGAUACAGCGGCCAUUUAUUUGGCAUGUGGUGUAGAUACCUCCAAGGCUUCUGUCUUCGUUCAGUCUCAUGUUCGUGCUCAUGUAGAGCUGAUGUGGCUACUUAGUUCAGCCACACCAAUAGGUUGGCUGAACAGGAUGAUCCAGUUUAAGGAGAAAUCACGCAAGGCGGGUGAUGAAAAUGUUGGCGUUGCACUUCUCACUUAUCCUGUCCUAAUGGCUUCUGAUAUUCUUCUGUAUCAGUCAGACUUUGUCCCUGUUGGCGAGGAUCAAAAGCAGCAUCUUGAGUUGACUCGUGAGCUGGCAGAGCGUGUUAAUUAUCUAUAUGGUGGAAGGAAGUGGAAGAAAUUAGGAGGGAGAGGUGGGGUUAUUUUCAAGGUUCCUGAGCCACUUAUACCUCCAGCUGGUGCACGAGUUAUGUCCCUCACUGAUGGCCUCUCUAAGAUGUCGAAAUCCGCCCCUUCUGAUCAAUCCAGAAUCAAUCUUCUUGACCCCAAAGAUGUAAUAGCCAACAAGAUAAAACGUUGCAAAACUGACUCAUUUCCCGGGUUGGAAUUUGACAAUCCGGAAAGACCUGAAUGCAACAAUCUUCUUACAAUUUACCAACUUGUUUCUGGAAAAGGAAAAGAGGAUGUUAAGCAGGAGUGCGAAAAUAUGAAUUGGGGGUCAUUUAAAAUCCUUCUUACUGAUGCUUUGGUCGAUCAUCUACAUCCUAUCCAGGUCCGCUAUAACGAAAUUAUAUCUGACCCAGCAUUUUUGGAUGAAGUCCUUGCCGAUGGUGCUAGGAAAGCCUCAAGUAUUGCAGAUGUUACUGUCAAUAAUCUCUAUCAAGCUAUGGGUUUCUUUCGGAGAUGAAACAAAAUCGAGCCGUCAUGAAAAAUUUUCAAGAAUAAACACAUCAAUGCAACCACAACCACCACCUUGGUAACUUCACGUUGUCCAUAAGUUUUUUUGCAGAAUACAAGCUAGCAUAUUGUUUAUUGCUGAAAUUAAGUUAAAAUUAUGUUUUUAUUUCGCACUAUCACAUCACCAUUCUUUCUGUAAUCAACUUCUUGGACAUUUAUACUAUGAUAAACAUAUAAGUAGAUGAAUCUAGGCCAAUUGAUUUUAA